UAAACUGCCGGCAUUGCUUCUACCCCCGUGUUAACCCCGGCUGAUUUCUACAAUGAGUUUCUCCCCUCCUGCUGUUAGGCCGCAUGCUGGCCAAUGAUUGACGCUAGCCGUAACUGCGCAUGCUCACUUCACUUGUUUUCUUUCUUUACUUUUCGUUCGUCCGUCUUGGCCUGUUUCGAAGUUUUGGAGUUCCAAGAGCAAGCAGAUAGUAGGGUUUGGAUUGGAGACGGGCUUCAAGAAUAACUCGCUGUCUGGAUUUUGGAUACUUGAAAAUUAAUUAUUUAUAUGCAUCCAAUUGAAAUAUAAUAUCGUCUGAAAACUGAUUGUAUAAUUUAAAUUGUUGAAAAAAUAUCGUCUGGAUAUUUUGCGAUAAUUUAUCUACCGUUUUAUAUACCGAGUCUCUUGUUUUUGUUUACAUCUUUGACAGUAUGUGCGGUGAACUAUAUUUCAACGUAUUUAAUCAUGAAACAUAUUUUUGCCUGCGGUUGACUGAAAAUGGUUUAGCGUUCUAAAAAAAGAAGUUAAUAUUAUUUUUGCAACUUUAUAUUGACUAAAAUGAAAUCGUCUGCCCAGUUCUUAACGCGAUUAUUCCAUAACUCAUAUGAAGAAUGGUUAUUCUCAGACUUCAAUUGAAUAUACUUUUAUUGCGGUAUGGACAACAAUGAUUAGUAAAUUGGUGAUUGCAAAUCAUGACCAGAAGUGUUAAAGAAGAGAGGAUAUGCCAAAAAUCAAGAUGAAGCUGCUGCUUGGUAUAGUAGCAGUGUUUAUCUUCUUGUGUAAAAACAUGGUUUAUGCGACUGGAUCAUUCGAACUGGAAGUCUUAGGAAUACAGAAUUCAAGAGGAGAGCUUAGCAAUGGAACUUGUUGUUCUUUAAGUGAUAUCAGACUAGAAAAUGGUACUUGUUCUCGGGGGUGCCGGACAUUUUUCAGAUUGUGCCUAAAGGAAUAUCAAACUGAAGUGAGUGAUACAGGACCUUGUACGUUUGGAAAUGUGUCAACUCGUGUUGUGGGUGGUAAUUCGUUUUCGAUGCACACCAACCCUGACCACCAUGUGGUGCUGAGGUUGCCUUUCACAUUUAGGUGGACGAAAACAUUUACCCUGUUACUGGAUGCCAUCCAUGAAGACCAAAGUUUAGUUUCUAAUGGAUCGCUUGUUGAACGAGUCAUCGAAAGGCAUGUGUUUUCUGGAGUACAAAUUCCUGGAAUGGAAUGGAAGAUCAAAGGACACAGAGGACGAGCUGCCAGGAUAAGCUAUCGAUACAGAGUUCUGUGCUCCCCCCACUAUUAUGAUUACACGUGUUCCAAAUUCUGCAGGCCCAGAGACGAUAGGUUCGGACACUACAAAUGUGACGAACAGGGGGACAAAGUGUGCCUAGAUGGCUGGCAGGGUCCGAACUGCGAAACUGCUGUAUGUAAAUUAGGUUGUCAUCCAGAGCAUGGCUUCUGUACUGUGCCAGGAGAAUGCCAAUGUCGUCUUGGAUGGAAGUCUGAAUUAUGUGAUCAAUGCAUGCCUUAUCCUGGCUGCAAACACGGAUAUUGCAAUGGAUCUCCGUGGCAAUGCAUUUGUGAUAUUAACUGGGGUGGAAUACUUUGCGAUGGAGACCUCAAUUUUUGUGGAACCCAUGAACCUUGCCAAAAUGGAGGAACCUGCGUGAACGCAGCUCCUGACAAUUACACCUGUAAAUGUCCAGAGGGUUUCUCUGGUACUAACUGUGAUAUAGUUGACAAUCCUUGUGCUUCGAAUCCAUGUUUGAAUCAAGGCACUUGCUCAGAAAUCAACAAUACAUUCAUCUGCACGUGUUUGCCAGGAUGGAUUGGAAAUCGUUGUCAAAUCAAUAUAAAUGAAUGUGAUUCAGAUCCUUGCGAGAAUGGGGGAACUUGCUUAGAUUUGGUCAAUGGAUAUCGUUGUUUGUGUGAUUCUGGAUGGGAAGGAAAACAAUGCCAAUAUGAUGCUGAUGAAUGCAGUAAUAAGCCAUGUGUGAACGCCAAAGGAUGCCACAAUUUGGUUGGUGACUACCAAUGCACAUGUCUGCCUGGCUGGAGUGGAAAAAAUUGUGACUACAACCUCAACGAUUGCCUUGGCCAGUGCUUAAAUGGUGCUACUUGCAUUGAUUUAGUCAACGAUUACCACUGUGCUUGCUUACCGGGAUUCACCGGACGAGAGUGUCAAACGAACAUCAAUGAUUGUGCAAGCAAUCCCUGCUUAAAUGGAGGAAAAUGUCUCGAUUUAGUUGCAGAUUAUCGAUGCAUUUGUCCUGUGGGUUAUAAAGGACAUCGUUGUGAGAUUGAUGACGAUCUGUGCCAUCCGAAUCCUUGCCAUAAUGGUGCAUCUUGCCUUAAUAUGCAGUUCGAUUACACUUGUGUUUGUCCUCCUGGAUUUCGAGGAAAAAACUGCUCAGCUCCAAAAACAGAGUGCCAAAACCCUCCUUGUGAAAUCAUCAGAAACAGAUGUGCUACUACGUCUCUCAAUUCUGGUUUGAGACAUUUAACCUCUACUAUUUGUGGUGAUCAUGGUAAAUGUGCGAAUGACAACAUCGGUGGGUACACGUGCGUUUGUGAUCCCGGUUACACAGGACAGUACUGCCAUGAAAAUAUAAAUGAUUGCAUCCCGUCUCCCUGUCAAAAUGGUGGCACUUGCGUCGAUGGUUUAAAUUCUUUUCAGUGUUUCUGCCAAGAAGGUUGGGAAGGACGAUACUGUCAAAUCAAUAAAAAUGACUGCGAGCCAAAUCCGUGCAAAAACAAUGGCAGCUGCAUUGAUGCAAUUGCCGACUUUAUCUGCAACUGCAAAGACAACUGGAAGGGAAAGACUUGCACGCUGCGGCAUUUUCAUUGUGAAAGAACCACUUGUCAAAAUGGGGGAACCUGCAUUGACAUGGGUGAAACGUUCAGGUGUCAGUGUAAAUCUGGAUGGGAAGGUCAUACUUGUCAAAUAGCUAAAAAUCCAAGCUGUCAUUCUAAUCCUUGCAUGAAUGGAGCUACUUGCGUAAAUAUCGGUACUAGUUUUCUUUGCAUCUGUCGAGAAGGAUAUGAAGGUCCUUUGUGUCAAUACGAUUCAGAUGACUGCAAUCCCAAUCCUUGUCACAACAACGGAACUUGUAUCGAUGGCGUCAAUUGGUUUAUGUGUAAGUGUGCCCAUGGCUUUAUUGGACCUGAUUGCCGGAUAAACAUCAAUGAAUGUGCUUCGUCCCCUUGUGCUCAUGGUAGCACGUGCAUUGACGGAAUCGGGAGUUACAAGUGCAUAUGUCCAAGUUACGUCACUGGUUCACAUUGCAACAUAUCAUUACUACCUUCUGAUGAUACUGAUUACUGUAUGUGGAAAAAUCAAGUACAUCCUGAAAACAGUAUAUGGAAUGAUGACUGUAAUACGUGCAUGUGUAUUAAAGGGCAAACUCAAUGUACAAAGAUGUGGUGUAGGCCUCGUCUAUGUGACCUAGGUCCAAACUCAUCGAGAUGGUCACUAUGCCCAUCUAGUCAAACGUGUACUCCUAUCAAUUCAGACACGUGUUUCACGCCUCCUUGCGGAUUGCGAGGAAGAUGCACGUCCAGCCACAACAACUCAAACGCUUUGAGCCAGGAAGUUGCACCAUUUGAGCAGUGCAAACCAAAUGAGGCUACUCUCAGCAAUAACUGUGCAAAAAUUACCCUCCUCUUCGACAAGAACCAAAUUCCUAAUGGUGUACACGUGGAAGAAAUUUGCUAUCAAGUACGGAAGCUACCAUUAUCUUUCAUUCUCCUGAAUAUCAAAAGUGCAGAUACCAUCUUUAUCUUGUGUGGCAUCAAAGUUAAUGAAGAAGAUAGUGUAGAAGUCACAAUUUCAACAACUGGUUUAUCGACAAUCAAUACUUUCCAUGUGGUAAGCAAUAUAACCAAGAAAAUUGCUGAUCUAAUCAGCAGAAAACAUCACAACACAACCUAUCUAUCUGGAGUAAUGGAAGUCAAAGUAGAAACUUCUAUGGUUAAUCCUGAAUACAGAGAAAGAAAGAGCUUCGUUCCCCUUCUCAUCCUGGUGCUAUGUCUGUUGAUUCUCUUGCUGAUAGCCAGUGGACUGGCAUGGUAUUACAGACACUGCUGUUGCAAGAAAAAGAGGCGAGAGGUGGACAAUAAUUCUUUUCCAAGAACUUACAGUUGCAAGCUCGAAAAACUGGAUAAAGAAGAAAACAUGAAUAACAUAAACAACGAAAACAAGUGCCGGCUGCACAACAACUCCGUCCAAUCUGUUCCCAGAGAACUCCAAUGUUCAUAUGUGCCGAGCGGGUCUUCCGAAAUGAUUGACUUUGACCCAGACAAAGUCGAUUUACCAAACAAAAUAUACAAAACAAAACUGCCCGAAGUGUGUGUCAACUCCACAAUAUCUAGUGAAAAAGACUGUGAAAAGAACAACACCUUUAGAAAACUCUCGAACCACGCGAGAGACAAAGCUAGCGGUGCUGUGAUUUAAUAUCACCAUAUAUUUCAGCAUAGAUAUUUAUUAAAUUUUUUUUUUUUGGAACUCUAUUCGAAGAUUCCUAUCAUCACCAUUUUCAUUUUCCAUUAUCAUUCACACCCACGGACAAUAGAGUCCCUGUAACUAAUGGAGUUAGAGAGUUGAGGCAAACAGCUGCAAAAUUGUCUGAUAGAGAUCGGAAUCCGUUAUGCUUUGCGACGUUUCUCUCAAAAAAAUUUCUCGCUUUUCUCGAAGUUUCUCGUUUUUGAGUUAAAAUCACGCUAACUGAAUCAAAUUUCGUUUAAGAUGCAUUUUUUUUUCUUUUUUUUUUCUUUUUUUUUUUCAAAUCUUAAAGGCAUUUGAGCCUACCCUAAAAUUUCGUUUAAUCAUUAAUUAACUUAUUCAAUUUCUUAAAUAUCAAAUAUCAAAAUAUUAUUAUUUUUUAGCUCAUUUGCAAUAUUUGCUUCUAAAAAUAACUUCUUAUCAAGAAAACUAGUAAAUAUAAUAUAGCUUAUAUAAUAGUAUAAAGUGAUAGCGAUCAUAGUUCUUAAAAUUAUUGCUUUACAAAAGAUUUAACAUCUACUUUGCAUGUAAUGUAUAAUUUGAAUAACAAACAUUAAUUUUAAAAGCAAGGUAAAAAGAAUAUUGAUAAUUUAAGUAUUCCACUUGUUAAAGCUACCUUGUUAAUCUAUGCGAAAAUUCUGUUUCGUUUCUUUCCGUUUUCUCAACCAAUCACUGUCUGUUGCCCAAAAUGUCGUAACUUUCUAACAACGUUAGAACAAGGGACUCUAACUAACGCUAAUGGACGUUGUUUUUGCUCAUAUUUAUGAACUUAUGCACCCUACGGCUCAUUUGGUUUAAAGAGCGGUAAUUAGUUGUGAUACUGUAUUUGGAACUUUUAUCAUUUGUCAUGGUAUAAGCUGUUUUUAGAAGCAGCUUCAUAUUUAUUUUUCAAUUCAUUUUUAUUCACUCGCUUUGUACAUUUUAACAGAAUUUUUUCUGCUCUCAUUUUUCACUGCAUUUUAAUUUAGUGUCAAAACUUUAUAUUUUUGAAAUGUGAUUUUUGCACUCAAUGAUUUGUUCAUGUACAUAUAUAUAAAAAAAGAUCCUUUAAAUUAGUUUGCAGGAUGUUCUGUUAUCCUCACCCCUACAAUAUAUUUCUAGAUUCUGAGAGGUAGUAAAAAUAGAAAUUAUGAAUCUCAAAUUAGUAUUUACGCCGAAGAAAAAAGAUUUUAAAAUUUUUUGACGAGAUAUUAACGAUAAAAGAUGAGAACAUUAAACUCAGUUUUGUUGAAAAUCGAUUAUUUGAAACAGAUAAGUUUCAUCUGGAAAUCGGACUGUUUUUAGUGUUUCUGUCGGCCUCUAUCGUGAUACUUUAGAUUUAGAUUAUAUAAAGAUUUCUCAAAAUGUUAUGGUCUGCCCUAACGCUAUAUGAAAUUCACAACGAAUGCGGGAAAAAUUUCCAAUAAAUUUUAAAACCGACAAUUAUCAGAAAAUAAGGUUAGGGUUACGGUAAGGCAAACGCUAUGUAAAAUCGCACAACUGUUUUUGUUUGUCCCCGCUUAAAUAUUGAUUUGCAAACCUUUAUGUGUAUACUUUUCCAACAAAGAUUAUGUUUAGGUACAUUAAAGGUACUGAUUACAUAACAUCCUGUAGUUCUUACUUAAGUGUCGGGAACAAUAUCAUAUCGUGCCUUGCAUUGCAUUUUUCUGUAUUCUGUUAAUGGAGCGAAAAAUAGUCAGUAAAUUAAUUUCUUCUUUUGAGAUUGUCAUUGCUAAAAUUCCUCUUUGUUGAUCUUUGUCUUAAGUUACUUUAAAAAAUUUUAAACCCCCCUCAUGAUAAUAACUCUUUGGCACAACACAAAGCCGCAAUCAUGGCCUGAAGCAGAUUGGUGGUUUAAAUGUGGUGCCAACAAAUUACAACGUCUUUAUUUUCUGUUUUCUUAGAAAAUUGAUCGAUGUUAUUCAUAACGAGAGGUAACAAAUAAGAAAUGAUAACUAAGAUUUAUACUUUUCCAUUUCAAAUAUUUUUUAAAUGUCAAAGAAUUAUCAAUAUAUUGUAACUAUAAAAAGGGCCUUUUUUGAAACUAAUUUGAUACAGUUAAACUUUUGCUAACCCGUGAUUUUUUUUUAUUGACAUAAUAGUUCAAUGCAAAUGAAAUUAAAAAGGCAGUUUAUAUUUCAUUUACAAUGUAAAUUGGAUCAAAUUAGGUGUUUACUCGUACUUGGCAGUGAACUUAAUAAUAACAAUAUGAAGUAACAUAAGACGUAAUUCUGCAUAUAAAAUAAUAUGAAGUACUAAAAUGUAUUGCUCAUGAUCUUUAAUUUUUAUUUAUUCUUUCAUAUAAAAUUUUAGAUCAGAGUUUGAAAUCAAAAGAAAAAUUUUUAAUUAAAUUUUAAGCAAAAAAUUUGAAAAUGAACAAGUAAAUUGUACGCUUUUAUUGUAAUAAUAUUUAUUUCAAAAACAUUCGAAGCAAGUUUAAAUUCAAUUAGAAAUAAUGUAAAAUUAAAUAAAUAUGUUUCACACGGUUAAAAAAUUUAUUUAAAGAAAUACUUUUGUAGUUAUAUUUCCGUUAAAGUAAAAUACCACGAAUUUAAUAUGAUGCAGUAACUACAAUGGUAGCUUCUUAUUCAUGCAUGGAAUAAUCAUACAGGGUUUGUAAUAUAUAAAAUCUAUGUCAUAUAAAGUUUUAUAACUGUUUAAAGUAUAAAAGUAAAUUAUAUUAUUUCAAAAAAAGUGUGUAAAAAAGUUUUAAAAAUUUGUUAAAUCACUAUAAUGUCUUGUAGUGAAAUGUAUAAAUUUGUAAAUAGCUUUUUGUUAAAUGUAUGUAUAAAUAAUUUAUGAAGAGCAAUGCUAAUAUGAUUUGCACUUAUAUGUUGAAAUUGAAAAAUAAAUGAAAAGAUAGCAAAGUUAGUUCUUAAUUCUAGCAAAGUUAUAUGUGUAUAUAUGUUAUAAUAACUUUUAAAUUGAUUUCAUAUGCUUUAUUCUUAAUGAAAACAUUGCAGUUGUUUCAUUUAUUAUAUGGUAACUUUUUAUGAGUCAGUUUACAAAAAAAAUUUUUAAAAAAUAUUAUGCUUUUAAUAUGUUUAAAAUUAUUUUUUCUUAGUCAUAUGCACCAUUUUUGAUACUUUCUUUUUAAAUCACAUAACCUACAAUUCGAAGCAUUGUUGUAAGCCUUUUUGAAAAGAAUAAAAAUGCAUUUUUAUUGAAAA